UUAACUAAAAGAAAGCAAAAGGCUCAUUACAGUGUUGAGAUAGUGAAUAUCAAUCCCGAGAACGAGCCAGAAUGGUUUUUAAAGAAAAGUCCUCUCGGUCGAAUUCCUGCUUUUGAGAUGAACAGUUCAACUAUCUAUGAAUCAUCAGUGAUCGUAGAAUAUCUCGAUGAAGUAUUUCCCGAUACAGCCAUACUUCCUCAAAAUCCAUUAGCAAAAGCUAAGCAAAAAAUCCUUGUUGAAAGAAUGAAACCGGUAGUUUAUUGCUAUAAUAAUGAGAUCAAGCAAGCUGUUAAUGUUGACAAAUCUUUGCACAAUGCUCUACACAACGCCAAUGAUCUCUUACUCGAUGACUUUUUUGCAGGAAGAACAAUGGGCUAUGCUGAUAUUAUGAUUUGGCCUUUCCUUGAAAGAUCUCAGCUUGUUACAAUUAAUCCUUUUACGCAGUUUAGGUACUUCCCAGGUGUGAACUACCCCAAAAUCGGUGCAUAUAUGGCUCGAAUGCAGCGACAACCUGAGGUAAUGAGCCAUCUCUCAGCUUGUAAAGUAAAUGAGUAG